AUGGCAGAGGCUGCAGUCAACUCUGUAAUACGAACGUUGAGUGGCUUGCUUCUCCAAGAAAUCCAGUUGUUGGGUAGUGUGAAACAAGGAAUUGAAAAUAUCACGCGUGAACUAGAGAGCAUCAAAUCUUUACUUAAGGAUGCUGAUAAGAGAGCUGCACAAGAAGAAGAAGAAGAAGGAGCUGGGAGCAAUGAAGGUGUCAAAACUUGGGUGAAACAAUUGAAGGAAGAAGCUUUCCAGAUUGAAGAUGUCAUGGAUAUGUAUACAAUGAAGGUGGCAAGACUUUCUUGUGGCAAAGAAGGCUACGAAAUUACAUUUGGAAAAUUAACUGGCUUUUGGAUGGUUGAAGGCUUUUUCCAAUGUAACAACCACCUUCCAUGUGAAUAUGCUGUAGAAGAGUACUUGAAAGAGCUUAUUGAUAGAAGCAAAUUGCCAGAGUCUUUCAUGAUUACGCUUGUUCGUAAGUUCAAGCUUUUAAAGAUACUUGAACUUGAAGAUGCCCCUAUAAAUUCUCUUCCUGAUGGAGUGGGAAAGCUUUUCCAUUUGCACUAUUUAAGUUUGAAAAAUACCAAUGUGAAAGAACUUCCCAAAUCCAUGGGCAUGCUUCUCAACUUAGAGACUUUGGAUUUGAAGUGGACUCCUCUGUUUGAGUUUUUGGUUGAGAUUAAGCAUCUAAAAAAAUUGCAGAAUUUGAUAUUUCGACGAUUGGACUUCAAAGGUCCUUCCCUAGAUGCAGUUAAAAUCCAAGUAGGUUUUGGCACUUUAAGGCGGUUGCAAAGGCUACUUAGUGUGCACAUAAAUUCUGAAGCACUGAAUGAGCUUAUGAUGCUGACACAAUUGAGAAGGUUGAGCAUUAAUCUUACACCUAGAGAUGUAAAGAAUUUGUUUGGUAUCGUUAAGAAUAUGAAAAACCUUGAACGGUUGAGUGUAUUAAGGUUGACAAGUGGAGAAGAGAUUGUUGACUCAGAAUCCGUGGAUUCUCCUCCUCAAUGUCUUGAGCAGUUGGAUUUGGCUAUGUAUAUCAAGAAGGUAUCAGUUUGGAUUUGUAAACUUGAAAAUCUAGUCAGAUUACAAUUGAAAUUGGUUGGAUCAACCAAUGAUUCCAUGAGAGUACUUCAAGCUCUACCUAAUUUGUUGGUGUUUAUUCUCAUUGUGAGAGAUUGUGAUGAAGAAUUGCAUUUAAUAGAAAGCUGGUUCCCAAAGCUCCAACAAUUGCGUCUCCAUAACUUCACAAAAUUGAAAUGGAUGAUAAUAGAGAAAGGUGCAAUGCCUAGUCUUACAGAGCUGUUGAUUGGACCAUCCCCAUCGUUGAAGGAGAUUUCAAUUGGAAUUGAGCAUCUUAGAAACCUGAAGAUACUUAUGUUUCAUAUAAUGUUGAAGGAUGUUUUUUACAUGAUAAAAAAUGACAACUGGGAGAAACUCACUAAUCACAUUCCACAAAUACAUGCCAGUUUUAGACAGACAAUUAAGAAAUAUAAUUUUUUCACAAGUACGUAUCUAUCUUCUCUUUCAGCUGAAGAUUUUGAGAAGCUUCUUAAAGAUAUUGAGUAUAAGUAA